AUGGGCGCGGGUGAAGAGGUGGGGAUCAAGGGGGACAAAGCCGAGGAGCAUGCAUGCGGUCCCGAUGAGUACGGCAGCGGCCGGAAUUUCCAAGUCAAAGGGACGCCUGGUGAGGAGGUGGAGCUUACUUUGUUCGUGGAGGAUGGCAAGGUAACGGUGCGGGCCUAUAUGGCGACCUCAAGGCGGUCCAGGCAGUGGGACAGCAAUCGAGGAUGGGCACGACAUACCUAUGCAGUCAUACAGGAUGAAGGAGGACAAACACUUCCGAUGACGAUGAAUUUGCGCCGUCCGGGUGUUUUCACUUGCACUGUCGUGGUGGGCAAGGAUUUCGACAAGCAAGCUGGUGCCUACUUCCUCAACUUCCAGGUGGCCAUUGAUGGUGACAGUCGAUGGGUUUUCUACCCCAUGCAAGCUGGAGGGCUAUCUGGCGAGGUCAUUGUGAACCGACCGCCGCUUCAUGGCAACGGUUCCGAUGUGCCCUUCUCCAUCUACAGCCCUUCACCGGAGAGGACUUUCCAAAUCACCUUGGACCUUACAGCAGAGGACCGACGAAAUACAGUGACUUGGAGGGCGAUGUGA